AUGGUCCUCAAGCUUUAUGGUCUUUAUCGAUCCACUUGCACCCAACGUGUCGUUUUGACUCUCUUUGAAAAAGCUCUCCCAUUCGAGUACAUUCCAGUGCAGUUGUCUAAGGGUGAACAAAAACAAGAAUGGUUUUUGGAGAAACAACCUUUUGGAGUGGUGCAUGUCCUGGAGGAUGAUGGAUUCUUGGUGUAUGAAAGUAGAGCAAUUUGUCGAUAUUUGGAAACCAAAUACUCGAAUCAAGGAACUGAAUUAAUUCCCUUUUAUGGAAUCAAGAAGGAUGAUGUGAAAGCUCUUGGAAUCUUUGAACAAGGUGCCUCAAUUGAGACAAGCUAUUUUGAUUCCACUGCUUCUCCUCUCGUGUUUGAGUUGGUUUGGAAAGGUAUGAAAGGUCUUGGAGCUCCUGAUGAAGAACGUGUGAAAUUUCUCACUCACAAACUCACUCAGAAUUUGGAUGUCUAUGAAAAGAUCUUAUCCAAUCAGGAAUAUAUAGGAGGCGACAGGUUCACUUUGGCAGAUUUGUUUCACUUGCCUGUUGGAAAUUAUUUAUUUCAUCCAAAAGUCAAUUUGGGACAUUUGAUUGAGGAAAGACCUCAUGUGAGAGCUUGGUGGGAGAAGAUUAGUCAAUGUGAAUCAUGGAAACAAACUUUGAAAUUGUCAAGUCAAUAG